UCUUCAAUUCUAUUCUGCUUUAAAUUAUCUGGAAGCUGUGCUUCAAGACAAGAAAAGUGACUUAUUAAAAUCAGUUUGUAAUCAGAUUCUGAUCAAGCACUUCUUAAGAUUAUCAUUCACGGACAUGGAAUACAGAGAAUAUCUGCAUCUUGCCCUUCUGAUGGUGACAGUUUUCUCUCAUGAAACAACAGCAAGCUAUACCCAUCUGAGGGCUAAUGAUACUACUGUCUGGGAACCACAUAUUCAAAAUAAGAUGGGCAGAAACCAAAAUGAAAACAUUACGAACCUUACAACUACUAACAUAGAUAAGAAAGGUAAUUUUUCAAACAUGCCUGAAAGACCUACAUCAUCUCACAUCGUGUCAUUAACUCCUAAAUCUGAACUGGAGCUUUAUACACCCUCUGUGGUCAGAAAUAGUUCUCCAACAGUGCAGAGCAUCAGAAACACAAGCAAAAAUCACAGUGAAAUUUUUAAAAAAGAUGUCUGUGAGGAAAAUAACAACAAAAUGGCUAUGCUAGUUUGCUUAAUUAUAAUUGCAGUGCUUUUUCUUAUCUGUACCUUUCUAUUUUUAUCAACUGUGGUUCUGGCAAACAAAGUGUCAUCUCUCAGACGUUCAAAACAAGUAGGCAAGCGUCAGCCUAGAAGCAACGGCGAUUUUCUGGCAAGCAGUGGUCUAUGGCCUGCUGAAUCAGACACUUGGAAAAGAGCAAAACAGUUCACAGGGCACAACCUAAUGAUGCAAUCUACUGGAGUGCUCACAGCAACAAGCGAAAGAAAAGAUGAUGAGAGAACUGAAAAGCGUACCAUCUAACAGAUGCGUUAGUGAAGAAAAAUGCAAAGUAGUCAUGAGAAAGUAUUUGGAGUAAAAAUGAAGUCAGUUUGAUAUUUAAUGCCACUGUGUUGUCUGGUGGUCUAAAAUUUGAUAUGGCAGGCCUUGCAACUUAGAUUUAAAUAGGUAAGAAGUAUACCUGCUUACUUAGUUACUCACACUGUGCAUUUUUGUUUUGACAAUGUUCUGGAAAGAGAAAAAUUGAUAAUAAAAAAUAAAACCACCAAGCAUUUGGAGAGGGUUUCAGGGAUGAAUGGAAAAAAUGACAACAGUAAAAAGGGACAAUAAAAUAAAUAUCUGCUGUUCAGCAAUGUAGUUAGAUGAACUUGGAAGAGUCUUAGUGGAUCCUAAGAGAUUCAGCAUCUAACAUAAAUUGAAUUACUCGCAUAGAGUUGAACAGUAUAGUUUAAGUGGUACGGUUUCUGCUGAAUAUAACAGAAUCCACACUGGCUAGUUUUUCCACAGCUAAUUUUAUUGCUAGAUGUCUUAAUUUUUAUAUAUGGCACAUACAAGAAAGUGUUUU